ACCUCUGAUAAUGUGUUUGCUCCACACUCUACAGUUGAAUGAAAAUGCAAAAAUGGUUUAUGCAUGUUGUGUUUACACUAUUUUGCUUCUCUCUUUUACAUGUCCAAAGUUCUCAUAAAGUUGAUGAUGAAAUCAAUAGAUCUCAAUUCCCAAAUGGCUUCCUCUUUGGAACAAGCACUUCCUCUUACCAAAUUGAAGGAGCAGCUUUUGAAGAUGGUAAAGGUUUAAGUAACUGGGAUAAAUUCAGUCACACACCAGGAAUGAUAAAUAAUGAUGAGAAUGGUGAUAUAGCAAAUGAUCAUUACCAUCGCUAUUUGGAAGAUAUCAAAUUGAUGUCAUCACUUGGGAUAAAUGUAUAUAGAUUUUCAAUUUCAUGGACUAGGAUUUUACCUAGAGGAAUAUAUGGGGACAUAAAUCCAAGUGGGGUUAUGUUCUACAACAAUCUUAUUGACAAUUUGCUGCUUAGAGGAAUUGAGCCAUUUGUGACAAUUCACCAUCAAGACUUGCCAGAAGAGCUGGAACAAAGAUAUGGUGGUUGGCUUAGUCCCCUAAUUCAGAGAGAUUUUGUUCAUUUUGCUGAAAUUUGUUUUAAGAGCUUUGGAGAUAGGGUUAAGUAUUGGGUCACCAUAAAUGAGCCAAAUCUUGUUGCCGACUUUGGUUUUAUGAGAGGAACAUACCCUCCUGGUCAUUGUUCCCCUCCUUUUGGAAACUGUUAUACUGGCAACUCUGAUGUUGAGCCUCUCCUUGCUAUGCACAAUAUGUUGUUGUCACAUGCUAAGGCUGUUGAUUUAUACCGCAAACAAUAUCAGGCAAAGCAAGGUGGAACCAUUGGUAUUGUUGCACAUACCUUUAUGUAUGAACCUCUUAGAGAUGAAGAAUGUGAUAGACAAGCUGCAAACAGGGCCUUGGCUUUUGUCAUAGGCUGGUUACUAGAUCCCCUAGUUUUUGGCGAGUACCCUGCUGAUAUGCGCUCUAUUCUUGGGAGCCAGUUGCCUAGGUUCUCAUCUAAGGAGAAGAGCCUCCUAAGAGGCAGCCUGGACUUCAUUGGCAUCAAUAACUACGGGGCUCUCUAUGCCAAGGAUUGCUACCUCUCUACUUGCCCUCUCGAAGCAGCUCGUCCAAUAAAAGGCUUUUUGCAAACAACUGGGAUGAGAGAUGGCAUUCCAAUUGGUGAUCAGACAGGAAUGAAAUGGUUCUUUGUAGUUCCAAAGGGCAUGGAGAAGAUUGUAGACUACAUAAAGAUAAAAUAUCAUAACAUGCCCAUGUAUAUUACAGAAAAUGGAUAUUCUUCGCCACUCAACGCAGGCAUGACAAUGAAUGAUUUACUACAUGAUUUCAAACGGAUAGAGUAUCAUAAAGCUUACCUUGCAGCUUUGCUUAGAGCCAUGAGAAAAGGUGCCGAUGUAAGAGGAUACAUGGUAUGGUCAUUGUUUGACAACUUUGAAUGGAAUAGUGGAUAUGAUAAAAAAUUUGGACUUUAUUAUGUGGAUAGACAGACACUUGAACGGAUUCCUAAACUUUCAGUUGAGUGGUUUUCUAGUUUCCUCAACAAUACUAGUGAUGAUACCAACAUAGAAGACUUGAGCAAGAAGUAUAGAAGCAAAUAUGUAACAACUGCUGUUGUCUAAGUUAUUAUUUGAAAAUGAUCAUGUAAUUCAUUCUCAAUAUUAAUUGAUAAUUGUUAACAACAUACUAUUUAUUUUAUUAAGGGAAGUUUAUGUGAAUUUCACUAUUAACAUAGGUUGAUUCUGUUUGGAUAUUGACCAAACUGCAGUAUUAAUGUGCGGCUACUUGAUGCUUUAAUUUGCGAGAAACCUUACUUGGACAACAAUUUUGUUGUCCAACACCGUAUUUAUUUAAGGUGUAGAUACAAUUUCAUUUU